AUGCCUGCUAUCUCCACGUACGCGUUUCUGCCACUCACCGCCUUCGCUGCGCAUAUCGGCGCGUCGCCGCCGAUCCUCGCAAUUGCCAACACCUCCGCAACAAACCCCCCUUCCCGGCUACGCACUAUACCCACUGUGGAAGGCCCGACCACAAAGCCUGCGGACGAGGUCGCUCAUUUGACCUUCUAUCCGGCCUACGCCUUCAAAGCCUCUGCCACCUGGUCGAAAUGGGUGAAACUGACCUGUCUGGACAUCCAUACCGUGUUGGAGCGUCAUGAGAAGUAUUCUCAAAUCACCACCUCCCGAGCCUUCGGAGGGAACGACCCCCACGCACGACAGAGUGGCCCGCCUUUGCUGCUCUUCUACCUCAACCAUCCCAUCCAAUUUGUUCAGGUGAUUGGCGUGGUGGUCUCAUUGGAGGACUACUUCGAGAAGUACUGGCUCUUCAAAAUCGACGAUAGCAGCGGCGCGAUCAUUGACGUAACAUGUCCCAAGCCAGAGAAGAAGCAAGCCGAGCUGUGUGCCGGGCCAAAAGACCCAGCAACUAGACGGGUCGGGGUCCCAGAGUCCAAGUCCAAGCCUCACUCCGGCUCUAGAGAAGAUGGAGAAGCCACCGAAGACGAACAGCUUCAACAUACCCUCUCCUUGCUCGAUAUUGGCACCACAGUCCAGGCCAAAGGUACUCUCACGACAUUCCGUUCAACGCGCCAACUUUCCCUUCUGCGCCUGAACAUCCUCCCCACCACAAGCCACGAAAUGGCACUGAUCGCGUCGCGCACACAAUUCCUCUCUUCAACCCUUUCAAGGCCUUGGUUGUUGACACGGGAGGAGCAGAGGAAAUUGCGCGACGACGCACAGCACGAGAGGGACGACGACAUUGAGCGGGCGAAGAAGAGGAAGACACGGGAGGUAAAGAGAAAGGAGAGGGAGGAAAGACAUAGGCACAUCAUUGAGAAGGAGUACGAGAGGGAAGAGAUGCAGAGAAAGGCGGAGGGAGAGGAGGCCCGAAAAUGGGGAGAAGUACUACUGAAAGGGGCUGAAAGGAAGAGGAUGAAGCCUUCCGAUUGA